CAGAGGAACCUGGCUCCUAGCGAGUAUGUGGGGGCCAGGGGGCCCAGGCAGUCCUGGGACCCCCGGCCAUGGGUGAGCAAGCCCACCCUGGGGAGCCUCUGUGCUCCGGCACCAAUCCCAGGAAGUGCCAGGACCUCGGAGACUUGAUUCUCCUGAUUCUGGGCACCUUCAUCUUGCUCAACGUGGGGAUCAAUGUGGUGACUCUGCUCUGGAAGCAUUUGAAGAGCUCCUUGCGGAUCCUUUUCCAUCGCUUUUUCCCCAAAGACCAGCAGGCCAGCUGCGCGGGCAGCCAUCCCAUGUGCGUGCGCUGCUCCAUGGACCCCAAGAACCUGUGCCCAAGAGUCGCUUCCCGCUGUCAUCGUCGCUUGCUGCUGGGGCACUCCGACCACCCCGACGCCUGGGGACCCGACACAAAUGACGAGAAGGCUUCUGGGUGCUGCUGGAGGCCGCCUCAGUGUGGACACGCCCGGGCUCCUGUGGACGCUCCGUGGGGACUGUGGAAGGAAGGGGUGAUGGCAGCUGGGGAGGCCCCUCAGGUCACAGCCUUAAAGGCCCGGGCGCCCUUCCUCUCCAGGCACGAGACAGCUUCCCAGUUUCCCAGGAACCGCAGGGUGGACAUGGCUCCCCUCCAUCUGCCCAAGAGCAAGACUAAGCCCCCAGACUAUGACUCUGCCCAGGCCCAGGCCCCAGCCCAGACCUCCUCCCCAGUCCACAGCCCUGAGCACACCACCUCCCAGGGCCAGAUCCAGACCCAGAUCCAGACCCAGACCCACUCCCCAGCCCUCACCCCUGAACAUACAACCCCCCAGGCCCAGACCCAGGCCCAGACCUCCCCCCCAGCCCACGUCCCUGAACAUAUGACCCCCCAGGCCCAGACCCAGGCCCAGACCUCCGCCCUAGCCCACAUCCCUGAACAUACGACCCCCCAGACCCAGACCCAGACCCAGGCCCAGACCUCCCCCCCAGCCCACAUCCCUGAACAUACGACCCCCCAGACUCAGCUCCACUCCCCACCUCAUGCCCCAGAGCACAACCUCCCUCAGGCCCAGAUCCACUCCCCAGGAUUCACCCCUGAGCAUGCCUCGGGCCAGGCCCCUCCACACUCCCCAGGCUUCACCCCUGAGCACAGCCAGCGCACUCCUGCCGAGGCCCAGGGCCCCGGGCACACCCCAGCCCAUCCCGUGGGUCACGGCCCUGAGCACGUAAUAGCCCACGCUCCAGCCUUCACUCUGGCCAGUGCUCGUGUAACCUAUACCCACACCCCUGGCACCCCGCUCUCUGCUCUUGCCUCUGCCCCAGCACCUCCCUCAACUUCUACCCCAGCCCCUGUCUCAAUGUCUGUCCCAACCUCAGCUCUGGUCAUGACCCUGACUGCCGCUCCUGUCCCUGUUCCUAUCUCUGUCUCUGCCGCCUUACCUCCCCCCAUCUUCACUCCUAUUCCCACCACCCCGACUGCCUUCAGCCAAGGCCCCUCCACUGGCCACAUGGUCUACGAUGCCCGCAGGGCAAAGCAGAACUUAUGCAGUGUGUGCCCCCCUCAGAACUCUGGGUAUUCCAGAAAGGAGUUGGGCACCCUCCCCAGGCCCCAAGAGGGGCAGGGUCCUGGCAGCUCUGGCACAGGGGAGCAAACACCAAAACAGCAGAGUGGGGACAGCACCAAGCCCUCUGCAGGAUCCGUACUGAGUUACCUGCAGUCCGGGGACAGAGAAUGGAAGGCCUCAAAUGACGCCAGAGACAAGUUCUUACAGUCCAAGACCUUCCCUUAUUGCAGCUUCCAUCCUCGCAGUUCUGAGAAGAAACACACAGACUCCCAGACUCCAGUCUUCCCCAAGUUCAUGGUCUACUCCAAGGAUGCUACACCUUCACAAACUUGCGUUCAUUCUCCAACCAGUGGCAAGAGCCCGCUGAGUGCUAUUCCUCCACCAGGCACUCUUUCUCUGCCUCUUAUGCUUCCCAAAUCCUUUGUCUUCCAUCAACCUUCCAACUCCCAGAAUCCCCUGACCUCCAAGUCUUCUCCGUCUGCCCCCUCUUCCCAGUUUCCCGUCCCUCUCCAGCUCUCCAAGACAUUCCAACCCCCAAUCCAACCCCAGGCCCCUGAACUUCAUGAGAAUCUGGGCCUCAACCAAAACUCUGACCUCCAAAGGACUCCAGACCCUUCAAAAGACUCACGAGUUCCCAGGAACCCUGGCCUUGUUCAAGAUCCAGGCCUGGACAAGCCCCCAGGCCUUCCCCAAGACCCUUAUCUCUACAAGAGUCCAAGCCCUUCCCAAGGCUCUGGGCUUCCCAGGAAUCUAGUCCUUACCCAAGAUUCUGGCCCCCAAAGGAGCCCAGGUCCUAUUCAAGAUGGAGGUAUCUUUAGGAGCCCAUGUCUCACCCGACCUCCUGGCCUCUACAAAAACACAGCAUUUCCCCAAACUUCCGACAUUCAGAGGAGCUCAGGCUUUGUGCAGAACUCUGGAGUGUACAGGAAUCUAGAACAAAACCAAGAGGCUAUACUCUAUAAAAGUCAAGAUUGUUAUCGAACAACUGGCCUCCAUAAGAGCCCAGGCCCUCCUCCAGAUUCUGGAGGUCAUAAGAGUACAGGAAACGUCAAUGAGCCAGGAGUCUCCAGGAGCCUUGGCCUUCCCCAAGAUUCUUGCUCACAUAAGAGCCCAUACCUAGCCCACGACUCUGGGGUCAACAAGAGCCCAGACUUGGUCCAAACCUCUGGCCUUCAUAAGGGCUCGGGCCUUACCCAAGACUCAGGAGACCACAGAAGCCCAGGCCUUACUCAAGAUUCUGAUCUCCAUAAGAAUCCAGGCCUUACACAAGCCAUUGAAGUCGAAAGGAGAUGUGGCCAUACACAAAAUGUUGGCACUCACAAGAACCCAGAAUACACUCAAGACCCUAAAUUCCACAAGUACCCAGGAAUCCAUCAAGAUCCUGGCCCCCACAAGGGCCCAGCCCUUACCCAAGACCAUGGCCUCCCCAGGGCUCAAGGGCUUACUGGGGAAUCAGGCCUCCACAAGGAGUCAUGCUUUACCCCAAAUCCCGACCAUCACAAGAACCCAAGCCUUGUUCUAGAUCUUGACUCUGUGCAGAUCUUGGGCCUACCUCAGACCCCAAAGUCAACACAGCCCUUGAUAAAGUCAUUUGUACCCGAGGAGGCUCCGAGGAGGGAGGGUCCAGAGCAGCACCUCUCAUGGACUCCUGUCCCACUUGCUCAGAACUCCUGCUCUCCCAAGCCCCAGGUGAUCUACGGAGACCUGCACACCUUCUCAGAGGUCCCCGUACUAAUCGAGCUGCAGCCAUGGUCCCGGCGGGCAGGCAGCCAAGACUGGGUGUAUCGUCCUGUGGACACCAUCCCUCCAGCCUGCCAGACCCAUCGCCAGAUGUCUAUGCCUCCCAAAACCAACUGGAAGCUCUACUGUCCUGGGUCGGGCACCCGUGUAGGGCAUGUGGUCUUUGAUGCCCGCCAAAGACAGCUGGGCAGGGACAAGUGUGAAGCUCUGUCUCCCAGGCGCAUUCGCCAAGAGGCACCCAGCAACUCACCGGAGGCCAUCAGGGAGCGGGGUCAUCCGUAGGUGGUGAGAACCCUGGAACAAGAGGGGGCAAGGGUGCAUCAGGAAUAAAGAGGCAAGAGAAGUG